AUGAAUCCAUUUAUCCAGCAGCGGGCCGCCAAGGCCUGGCACCGCAUUGGCCUUGUCUCUUCAUUACCGGAACUCGAGAAUGACGACGGCUACCGGAUGGCCCCGAAAUGCAAAGCUUUCAGCAUUCCGAAGGAUGGAACAACAGACCCUCUGGCUCCAGAAGAAGCGGACCUAGAUUUCUCAUUCGACCUGAAGGAACAGGUGCUUGUAUUCAAAUACAAAGGGAAAGUCCAUGCCGUUGAUCACGGAAAGCUGUUUGACAUUGAAGACUUCGGGAUCAAACUCAGUACCGGACUUACAUGUCCCAAGCAUGGCUGGUCGUUCGAUCUUUUCACUGGCAAGGGAGACCGAGGAAAUUACAACCUCAAAAUCUGGGAGAUAGAGCUGCGAGAUCCCCCACCAGCCGAUGAAACCUCUGAGGAUGAUAAAGAAGUCUGGGUGAGACUUGACCAGUCGCCUAAAAUCAAGUCCACCGUGGACGGCGCGAACAAAAAAAAGAAGUCGGGCAAGUCCCAUAACACGGAACCCACUUCUUCCGCACCAGAACCAACUGAUCUGGCUUCCUCUGCGCUUAAACAUGACCAGUCGGCUCGAGAGAAGAAGCGAAAGCGGAAUUUAGAAUCGGGCGACAAUAAGCAAAAGAAGCACAAGCACCGUUCAACUGAGAAUGUGGUGGGAAAUGGCGAUCCCUCGCUCUAUCCUGCAGAGCAUGAACAAGCUCAAGCUCAGCCCGAUGAACCUGCUGCGCCAGCAAAGGAACCCUCACAGCUUGUCGCAAAUAGCAUAGAGACCUCCACCCAAGAGGCCGAUGCAAUCAAACGCCCGAGCACUGGGAAACCCAAAAAGAUACGCGGGUCUCGGCUUGGUGGAAAGAACAACAUGAAGGUUGGCUUCUUCGUCAAGGAGGAAGUUGAGAUACUGGAGUCGUUCAAGGUCAAUUUCUGCAACAUUCACGGCUUCACCGAUCACAAGAAAUUCGACGAAAUGAUUCAGCACUCCGAGCGUGAAGGCGGCGACUGGCCGUGUCCUGCGGACGCAUGCUCCAAGACCGAGUUUUGGAGUCAAAUUUACGAGCUUGUCCCCGAUCGAGACCGCCGAUCCCUGUAUCGGUUCAUGCGACGACACUUCCAGGACUCAACACAGAAGCCGCACGAAUGGACGGAAGAACAAGAUAAAGAGCUUGUUUCACUCAUGACCCAACACCCUGGCAAAUGGGCGUACGUUGCCAAGCUUGUUGGUCGCAGCGAUGACGAUGUCACGCAGCGCUGGAAGAAUCAGCUUGAACAUCGAGAGAAGAUGAACCGAGGCAAAUGGAGCGAAGAAGAACUGCGGUCCCUACUAGACGAAAUUCAGAAGGUUUGGAACACUGUCUACGACAUGGAAGGUGAUGCCGCUGGAAAGGACAUGUAUGAGUUGGCAGAAAAACAUCUCCGAUGGGGUGUCGUGAGCGACGCCUUGGGAAAUGUGCGAUCGCGCCAGCAAUGCGCCGACAAAUGGCGAAAAAUGAGAAGAUCCGUGGAUAUCAGGCGGGCUUCUGGCGAACAUGAUGCCGUUUUUGACCCCGUCGAGGCAGCAAACAAGCGUACUCGAUGGGGCUCGACAUCAGUUACCCCCAAGAGCUCAUUCUUUGUUAAUGACGACGACGACGACGACGAAGAUGAGAAUGAUGCAGACACCAAGGGUGAUAAGGAAACAUCUGGCCCCAUCAAUGGCCUUGGAAUCUUUCCAAACAUUCCCUCUCUGCCCGCUCCAGAGACGAAGCCAUUGCCAAAGGUACCAGCUUCCUCACAACAGAACUCCGAGCAGGCCGUUCAGGCCGAAGACGAGCAGGUUGAAGUGCACUCCCCAGCCACCUCGAAGCCGAAGAGCGCCAAAAAGGUCAGUUCAAAGAAACACAAAAACUCCCAAGUGGAGGAGACUGCCGAACCCGGACCCGAACCCGAACCUCUCCCCGAACUUGAAAAGGACUCUGAACCCGAAACUCAACUUUCACCUGAUGCCAUCGCAAAGGCUGAACGAAGAGCCGAGCGAAAGGCGCUCAAAAAGGCCGAGAAGGAGAAGAAGAAGAAAGAGCGACGAGAACGCGAUGAAGCCGAAAAUAUUGUAGAUGAGACUCAAGAGACUGCCGCCGCGAUCGACGAUAGCCCCAAGAAAGAAAAGAAGAAGGAGAAGGAGAAGAAGGACAAGAAGAAAAGAAAAUCACUUCUCGCUGCAGCUGGAACUGAAGCUGAAGUUGAAGCGGCGGAGUCCACUCCCACUUCUUCCAAGAAGAAGAGGAAGCACAAGUCUAUGGAUAUGAAUGGUGCUGAUACCGAAACGCACGCCCCGACCGACUCUCAAAAGAAGAAAAAGAGGAAAUCUACUCACGGGGUGGCAGAGUAA